AUGGAGGUUGAGGCCGCGAACUCGCCGGAGAAGUCAAGCUCGAUAAGUAAGAUAACACUGGUGGCCUCCAUCGCUGCCGGAGUGCAAUUCGGUUGGGCGUUGCAGCUGUCCUUGCUAACACCCUACGUCCAACAACUAGGGGUUCCACACAAAUGGGCCGCCGUUGUCUGGCUGUGCGGGCCCAUCUCAGGUUUGCUGGUGCAACCCAUCGUCGGUUACUAUAGCGACCGCUGCAGAUCUCGCUUUGGUCGCCGCCGGCCGUUCAUAGCCGCUGGUGCCGCGCUUGUCGCCAUCGCCGUCUUCCUCAUUGGAUACGCCGCCGACAUAGGUGUCCGGUCCGGCGACUCGUUGCAUAAAUCGACGAAGCCGAGAGCCGUGCUUGUGUUUGUGGUAGGGUUUUGGAUCUUGGACGUGGCUAACAAUAUGUUACAAGGCCCCUGUCGCGCUCUUUUGGCCGACAUCUCCGGUUCCGAUACCAAGAAGAUGAGGACAGCCAACGCACUGUACUCGUUCUUCAUGGCUGUCGGAAACGUGCUUGGAUAUGCUGCCGGAUCUUUGAAGAAUCUACACAAGGUGUUUCCUUUCACUGUUACCAAAGCCUGUGAUAUGUACUGUGCCAAUCUUAAAAGCUGUUUCUUCAUAUCCAUUGCUCUGCUUGCGGUACUCACCGUGAUGGUUAUGGUGUCUGUACGUGAGAAAACGAUGCCUAGUCGUGAUGACGAGAAAGGCGAGGGAGGAGUGAGGUUCGUCGGAGAAAUUAUAGGCGCUUUUAAGGAGUUGAAGAAGCCGAUGUGGAUCCUGCUUUUGGUAACAUGCUUGAACUGGAUUGCGUGGUUCGGAUUCUUACUAUUCGACACGGAUUGGAUGGGGAAAGAGGUGUACGGAGGUGCGGUCGGGAAAGGGCGUCUGUACGACAUGGGAGUUAGGGCUGGUUCACUUGGGCUCAUGCUGAACGCUGUCGUUUUGGGAGUCAUGUCUCUUGGAAUUGUCUACUUGGCCCGUGGGGUUAACAGCGCUAGACAACUCUGGGGUGUGGUCAAUUUUUUGUUAGCCCUUUGCCUGCUGAUGACCAUAUUGGUGACAAAGUUGGCAGAGAAGCAUCGACAUGCCUCUCACGUCGUUGCCGGAGCUGAGCCUCCGCCUCCCCCUGCUGGUAUCAAGGCCGGCGCAUUGCUUAUAUUUGCGAUUUUGGGGAUACCACAAGCGGUGACCUUCAGCAUUCCCUUUGCCAUGGCCUCCAUAUUUUGCAGCAACUCUGGUGCAGGACAAGGGCUUUCUUUGGGAGUCUUGAAUAUAUCAAUUGUCGUACCACAGAUGUUUGUUUCUCUAGUAAGUGGACCACUUGAUUCUGCUUUCGGAGGAGGUAACUUACCGGCGUUUGUUCUGGGAGCCAUUGCUGCUGUAGUAAGUGGAGUAUUGGCCUUGACUCUUCUACCAUCUCCUCCACCUGAUCGUGAAACUGAAACUGUUGUGGCUGCUGGCUUCCAUUAA